CUGCCGCUCCCAAGAAUGUCACCUCGGGUGGUGCAGAAUAGGCAGCAGGGACAGAAUUACAGCGAAGGCAUCUUCAUUUUGCAGACCCCCCUCCUCCCUUCGUGUUUUGCUGUCUGACACUUUUUGGCUGAAGAGGUGCACAGCCACAGUUGCCAAGAGACCGUAGUCAGGUGGUUGAAGACAUAUGAGCUUUAUUUAAGAAGAGAGAUAAACUUGCCUGGCACACAGAACUGUCAUCGUAGAGUGCCCUUCACUGAUAAUUAGUCUCUGGGUGGCCACUCUUUUUGCCAUAGAAGAAAGCAAAAGCCACCGUGUUUUAAAGGAGAGCAGGGCUGUUUUGCAGCCUCUUAAGAUUCAAAGCUGGUUAAAUGGAUCCUGAUGCAAAAGCACAGACUUUGCCUUUGGCAGCCGAAAGCUCAGAGGUGGCUAUUCUGGUGUGGCUAAUACUAGCCAGUCUGAAACACAGCAUGGACAGUGUAUUAUCCCAAUUACAUCUCUCCGUGCAUCACCUGACAGCCUUGUGCUUUGAGCCGAGCAUGGUUUAUUGCUAUUUUUAAAAGCUGGGUGGGCCUGUGCGCUUUUCUCCCAGAGGCUCUUACUAUCCCUCUCUCUUUUAUUUGUUAGUUUGUUUAUUUUUUUGUUUUCUUACUUAUAAAGAGUUUCUGCAAACGGCAAAGCUGCAGAGAGGAGCAAGAUGCAGUCCAGUUGGCCUUCUCAUGAAUUUGAUCCAAGCCAGAUCCGCCUGAUUGUUUCUCAAGACUGUGAGAAACGAGGAAGAAAUGUCUUGUUUGACUCCAGCAUCAAGCGCAAGACAGAUGACUUGUUGGUUUCUAAACUCGUGAGUGACGCUCCAGUGAAAGUGUUUGGGAAAUGUUGUCAGCUGAGACCUGGAGGUGACAGUUCCACGUCUUUAGACAGUUCUUCAAAUUCCCUGUCGUCUGACACAAAAGAGCAAAACUCAAAAAAUCAGAGUUCUCGGAACCCCUCUGAUGCAAAUAUGCUUGGGGAGAUGAUGUUUGGAUCUGUGGCAAUGAGUUAUAAAGGAUCUACACUGAAAAUUCACCAGAUACGAUCUCCUCCUCAGUUAAUGCUAAGCAAGGUAUUCACAGCGCGGACUGGAAGCAGCAUCUAUGGAAGUCUUAACACACUUCAAGAUAGCCUUGAGUGCAUUAGCCAUGACAACAACAACACGCUGAAACCAGACAACAGCAGCAUCAUGAAUGGACUCUUUGGAAACAUAGGUCUGUCUCAGCUUUGCAGCCCUAGGCGGGCAUUCUCAGAGCAGGGCCCGCUCCGCCUGAUCCGGAGUGCCUCUUUCUUUGCAGUCCACAGCAACCCAAUGGACAUGCCAGACCGGGGAUUCAAUGAGGAUCGAGAUAGCGGCAUAGCACGAUCUGCUUCUCUGAGCAGUCUUCUUAUUACUCCGUUUCCUUCACCAAGCUCUUCACUCAACAGCAGCUGCGCAAGCAGCUAUCAACGUCGUUGGCGCCGUAGUCAGACCACAAGCUUGGAGAAUGGGGUUUUUCCUAGAUGGUCUGUGGAAGAAAGCUUCAAUAUAUCUGAUGAAGGCUGUGGGACUAACCUAGGAAUUGCAAGAAAGAAAAAGAUUGCCAUUGGAGUGAUUUUUUCAUUGUCGCAGGAUGAAGAAGAAAAUAACAAAUUUCAUGAGUUUUUCUUUUCUCACUUUCCAAUUUUUGAGAGUCACAUGAACAAAAUGAAAAGUGCAAUUGAACAGGCCAUGAAAAUGAGCCGUCGAUCAAAUGAUGCCAGCCAGAGAAGUUUAGCGUACAUCAAGAUUGUAGAUGCCUUGAAUGAUUUCAGAACAACGAUCAGUAAUUUAUACACCAUGCCAAGGAUUUCUGAGCCUGUCUGGUUGACCAUGAUGUCUGGGGCACCUGAAAAAAAUAAUCUCUGCCAUCGCUUCAUGAAAGAGUUUGCCUUCCUCAUGGAAUACACCUCGAAAAGCCAUUUUUUGCCAGCUCUGCUUACUGCUCUUCUUACAAAUCACCUUGCUUGGGUUCCAACAGUCAUGCCCAACGGACAGCCUCCCAUUAAAAUUUUUCUUGAGAAGCAUUCGUCGCAAAGUGUGGAUAUGUUGGCAAAGACGCACCCGUACAACCCACUCUGGGCACAGCUGGGGGACUUAUAUGGAGCGAUUGGUUCUCCUGUGCGUUUGGCACGAACAGUGGUGAUAGGCAAACGGCAGGAUCUUGUGCAGCGGUUACUCUACUUUCUAACCUACUUCAUCAGAUGCUCUGAACUCCAAGAGACACAUCUUUUGGAGAGUGGGGAAGAUGAGGCCAUUGUUAUGCCAGGCACAGUCAUAACUACAAUGCUUCAGAAAGGAGAGGUGGAAGAGUCAGACUAUGUACUUAUAACCAUGCACAAGAACAAAGGGUGUUUGUUAACCAGAGAUGCAGAUGAAACUGCACCUUGUGAAAACAAAUGUCAGUGUUGUAAAUGUCCUCUUACAGACUCGGAAAAUAGUAAAAUAGAUGCGACCCAAAAAAAUGAGGUGCAUGGCACUUGUAAAAAUUCUGUGGCAGCAUCUUUGGAUGCAAGUCCGACAUCCCCUCUUUCUGUUGGUCAAGAGGAAAGUGAAACCUCUUAUUCCAAAAUCUACAAGGACAAACCAAGAUCUUUCUUGGAUACCAAAAUAGAGAAAGUAAUUAACGUAGGGGCUGCUCCCCUUGAUAAAUAUAGCAUGCCAGUAGCAGGGAUUGAACCAGCAGUGAAAGUGGAGAAGGGUGAAAAAACAUUUGGUCUUGAAAGCUUGUCCGUCAAAGGAAUGGGAAGCAGUGAAAUUUUAGUAGAGAAAAAGCCUCCAGAUAAGCCCCAGUCUGUGGCAAUGCCUUGUAGUUCUGGUUUUCCUUUGAAUAAGGUAAAAUUUCUGAUUGGAGAUUCUAUGUCACCUGACUCGGAUAUAGAGGUUAAAAGCCAGACUGUAGUCAAUCAGAUUAAUAAGCACCAAAUUACUCAAGGGAAGGAACAGAAAACACUUACUGCUGUACAGAAGGUCGAGACAAAACUAAAUAUUGCGGACCAAAAAAGUCGAAGUGGUUCUGCUGAAAAACUUCACAGAGUAACCAGCAAAAUUCAGAACUGGAACAUGUUUCAAGCAGAAAACCUUAGUGUGUUUGAUGAAUACUUUCCGGAGGAUGGUUCUAUCGAAGCACCGAUUAUCGGUGAAAUUCCAAGAGAAGAUAUUAAGGACAGAUCAGAUUGUGACAGCAGUUUAGGACUUUCUAACAGUCUGCACACAAACCAUAACAAACCUGCUUCUAAUUUAAUACAUUUUUCUCAUCCAAAUUUAUGUAAAAACUGCUUUGCUGAGCAGGACCAAAGAGACAAAGUCUCUGUUUCUGUCCCCCAUGGGGAUAAAGAAAACUCUCAAGUUCCCCUGAGCACUGAUUGGGACAUUCCGAGGAACGAGAGUUCAGACAGUGCAUUGGGCGACAGUGAGAGUGAGGAUACAAGCCAUGAGAGUCACAGGCCAAGCAUACACUAUUAUGGAGCUGAACAAGAAGAUUGGAUGGAGGAAGAAGAAAUUUCUUUUCCAGGGUCGAAACUGGUUGAAGUAAACUCUGUAAAACCCAACAUUGCCAAUUUUGGGAGAUCUUUGUUAGCUGGCUACUGCUCUUCCUAUGUACCGGACUUUGUUCUUCAAGGGAUAGGGAGCGAGGACAGGUUAAGGCAGUGCCUGAUGUCAGACUUGUCUCAUGCUGUACAGCAUCCAGUUUUGGAUGAGCCCAUUGCGGAAGCUGUCUGCAUUAUCGCAGACGUAGAUAAAUGGACAGUGCAAGUGGCCAGUAGCCAGAGACGGACAACAGAUAACAAACUGGGAAAAGAAGUGCUGGUAUCCAGCCUCGUCUCCAGUUUGCUUCAUUCCACUCUCCAGCUAUAUAAACACAACUUGUCAGCAAAUUUUUGUAUCAUGCAUCUGGAAAAUCGGCUGCAGGAACUGUAUUUUAAAAGCCGGAUGCUGUCAGAAUAUCUGAAAGGUCAGACCAGAGUUCACGUGAAGGAGCUCAAUGAGAUUCUUGGAAUUGAAUCCAGUGAUCUUCCUUUGUUGGCAGCCGUAGCCAGUACUCACUCUCCAUAUGUUGCACAAAUCCUUCUUUAAAGGGAAUGCAGGAAAUGAACUCCGUUACUUAAUACCUGGAGAAAAUAUUCGUCUUUUGGACCUUUUCACAUCUCGGCAGGAGGGAUGACAGACGUAUUCAGUGAAACCAAUAGGUCAUAUCAGUACCUGCAUCGGUGAACAUAGUCAGCGCCAAAAUAUCGACAGAUUGUGCUUUGCAUCAUUGAUCUUUGGGGUUUGCAAAAUGAAACUUUUUUUGAAAAGGGUACCAUGCAAAUUAAAAUAGGCUCAUUUUUAAGAGUAUCAGAACUGUGGGAUUCUUUAUUUUUUUACGAACCUUUUAAACAAGUUAUGGGGACUUUGAUUUUUGUUUUUUCUUUGUAAAUAGGUCUGUAACACAGCAUGAACAAACAAGCCAAGGAUGGAUAUGCAACGUCCGGAUUUUACCUAAUUUAAUUUUUUUUGCUAAUGUUUUUUUCUGUUAAUCUUUAUUGGCACACAUUUCAAGGAAAAAAAAUGCUAUUAAUGAAGAGUUCAAAUAUAAAAGCUUUAGAAUUUCUACUAGGUGAAUUGCAAAACUCCAAAUAAUAUAGGUGUAUUGCUUCCUUCUUCUUCAAAUAGGCUAUUCAUUACUAUUGCCUCUGAGAGAAUGUUAUAUGCAUUAAUUCCUGUUGGGACAUAUAAUGCUCUAAAAGUUAUAGUCAACCUAGAAAAAAUGUUGGUGUGUCCUGUAAAGUUAACCAAAGAAAAUUGUCCUGUCAGUUUAUUUUUCUGUCCUCUUACUUUUCCUUAUGCCCCAACAUCUUAAGAGAACAGGGAAGUGUUAGGAAUACAAUCCUGUAUUCCUAGUGCUUUAGUAUCCUGUCUCUAGUUCUAGCGGUUCCUCCCACCCUUUUCCAAUAAAUUUGAAUACAAUAAAUCUUCUAACUUACCUUUCUCCAGCCCUGAGGCUCUCUUGGUACUGCUUACCUCUCCCCCCUGCAAUGUUAUAGAGGAGCAAUGGCCAUCUCUACAAUGGUCCAAUUCAAUGCUUCUCCUAGAGGAGCAUUUGAGACCUGAGGCACAUGCUCAUCCUAAGCUUCUCCAUAAGAAAGCAUUGAAUAAUUACCUUCUAAUGGUGCUUACAUGUCAUGUGACUGAAUUUUACUUGGUCCGUUUUGUGGAAGCACCUCUAGUGGCUGUUAGAAAGACAGCCACAAGCGGUGGCUUAUCCUUGCCAUAUAUACAUUGCAGUUUCUAUUUAAAAAAACAACUGAAAUGGAAAUUUGCUUAAGCGCGACCCAUUACCAAAGAUUGCACUCCCCAUUAGAAAAAGUAUUUCAGAAUUGUAUUAUGCUUCAUUAAAAAAAAAAAAAAAAAAACCACCCUAAGAAAUCGAGGAACAAAAAGGAUUAGUUUAAACGUAAAACCUGCAAAGUUUUGCCACUUUAAUAAGACAUUAUUUCCUAAUUAGUUCUAAACAUACUGCUGCUAUGGAAAGAAAAUAAUUUAGCCUGUCACCACCCUCUUAUGUCACACAGUUUCACGUUAAAGGGAUGUACCAGUACAAGACCUGGACAAUUUAUGAUCAUGUUCAUAGUUUUUAUUUUUUAUUUAAUGUGCUUCAGCUGUGCAUCCACCCCACCUACCUUAUUUCUUUUUGUCACUGUCCUAAUAAGAUUGUACUCACUUUGGAGUCCAUUUAUAGCCUUAUAUGGUAGAUUUCAUCAUGCCUAGAAUGUUCUUAUAUUAAAGGAGGAUUACAAAGUUGUGUUCCUAGUUGUAUAGCAUCCUCUACCCCACUUUCCCCCCCACCCCUUCAUUACAGCCUCUCAGCGCUGAAAGGGUUAAAAUACAUUUUGACACCUGAUUUCAGCACCGAUGUCCCUCUGUGCUGAGUGAGGCUCCUCACGUGCAUUAGGAUUUGCCCGUAGGAAAGCAUAGUAUCCGUGCUUUCCUAUGGGGUGUUAGCUGACGCUGGAUGUCCUCCUGCAAAGUACUUCCAGUCGCUAUCUGGUAGACCUCCACUAGAGGUGGAGAUAACCCUAAAAGGUAAUUAUUGCAGUUUUGUAAUAGCUGCAGUAAUUACAAUUGCAAGGUUAAGAGGACAGAGACAGUGUACCCAGACCAUUUCAAUGAGAUGAAGUGGUCUGGAUGCCUAUAGUGUUCCUUUAAAAGUACUGUGUCCCUGUUACUUUGCACUACCACCUGCUCUACAGCCUUCAGUAGAAAGUUGACUGCUUAACUCUGGAUCGGCUACAUCCAAUAAACCCCUUAAGUAAGCUUAAGUGGCACAGUAUCAGUUGAGAUCUCAGCCGCUCCCUUAUUUUGGGAAA